UGAGAGUUAUCAAUAGAGUGAGCAGGAUUGAUCUUCAUGAACUGGAUAAAGGGGCCAUUCUCCAAGACUUCCCACAUUUCAUCAUGUAAGGCGCAUAGAUGAGCCUUCAUCCUGAUCUUCCAAUCAUCAUACUUCUGGUCUGUAAACAUGAGAUGCUUUGCAAGAGAGUUAUCCAUAAUACCAAAUAAAUAGAGGCUAAGAACAAGUGGAUCUUUGUUCAGAGAGUAACUUAAAAGAUUACAAGAACAAGCAGGCUCUGAUACCACUUGUUGGUCCCGAUUAAUAUGGUAAUCAGUCUAGAGGGGGGGGGGGGGUGAAUAGACUGAUUGGUUUUUCAAAUUUUCUCUAAGUCCAAAAUGACUUAUCAGGGAAUGUCUGAUUCUGGUGACAGAGAAAGGCUGGUUCUGAUAUCAGAACUGGCCUUGGCAGCGGAUCCUGAUCUGUCCGGGUAGCCUCAGAAACACUAAGGCAAAUGCCUUUCUGAUAACUCUGAAGACAAGAUCUGCUGAACACAGAUUCCAAGUCUUAGAGUUAAUCAGUUAAUGUCCUAAGUGCAGAAUUAUAAAUUGCAGUAAAGUAAAUGACACCGGAUAUUUUUAUAGUGGUUCAAGGAACAACUCGUUCCUCUAGUCCACUGUUCCACUAGCUUUGAAGUAGAUCAGUUACAAAGCUAAUUCCUAGCACUUAAGAAGCACUCCUCGUCUUCUUCAAGCCUAGAUGCCACCCAGGAUGCAAUUCCACGUCCUGAUGGCUGAUCCUUUCACUCAGCUUCCCGGAAGUAUCACCACUUCACUACUGCAGUUACUUGGACGCCCUUCUUUUCAGAAGAUCCUUUUGAAAAACAGAGUUUUUCCUCCAACUUGCUUCGUUACAAAGGAUGUUUGAUGAAGUUCUUGAAGUGUUGAAGAACAGGAUGAACUUUGCUUGAUUGUUGGGGAUGAGAGAUUUGGAGUUUGAAUCUUCCCAACUUAAGCUUGUCUUUUUGAAGUUUGUAGAAUUUGAAUCUUAAGAAAGCUUGAAUGAUGAUGAGCAAAAGUUGUAGCAAAGUUAUUUUCCAGUUCUUCGGUGUGUAGCUUAUAUACUGAGGUUGUCUGCCCGUUGGAGGAGGAGACAACUGCAUUAAAUGCGCGUACAGUUGACUUGACCGCCGUUUUUGGAAGGUUUCUAUUUUUAAAAUAUAUCUUCCCGGAUUUCUUGGUCAAUCAUUUGCAAUCAAUCCUUCAGCGUAUCAGGCUCUUUUAAUGUGCAUUAAAUGCUUUCCUUUCAUGCACAGUCUUGUAGCCGUUGGAUGUUUUUACCCGUUGAAUUCAGAGCUGUUGGAUGUUGCUUGAGAUUUUUCUAAGUGUUCGUCGGGCUCUGAUCAGGCUCUUCUGAUAUGUUGGAUUCUGAUGGCUUUCUGAUGAGUUGAGUUCUGAUGGAGUUCUGAUCUCUGACUGAACUCUGACUCUGAUAGGUCCGCUGAUGAGUACUUCUGAUCUGUAGUUCUCAUCGGCUAUCAGAUGUCCAGGCUUAUCAGCAACUCUCAUGAUGCAACUCUGAUGGACUUCUGGUAAGAGAACUCUGAUGGAGCACUUCUCACAGAGAGCAAGUCUGGUCGAGCAGUUCUGAUGCACUUCUGAUCUGAUCCAAAAUAGAGCAACUCUGAUCGUCGACUACACUAAUACUUACAACUGAAAAUUCUAAUACAUAAAAUCUAAUUUGGGGGUACUUUAAAAUUCUAAUCCUAUAGCAUCAUCAAAAUCUAAUUACAUUUAUUCCUUACAAUGAGCUAGCUAUAACAGAUAUGGGGGGCGUAAUUCAGAUGGAGGAUAUGUCGACGCUGGAGAUAUACAUUGAGGAAUCCUGUGACACUUAUGGUACUCAAUCAACAUCAAAUGAUGUUGUAUCUAGGCAUGAUGUCAAAGCAGGGGUGAAUGCAGGGAACUCCUCAAAGGCUCUUGUACUGGGCAUGGUUGUACAGGAAGAUGGUAGGUAUUUGCACAACGGUGCAUCACUUGUGGAUGAGCAGGGAAGUGAUGAUGAUGCUGACGAGAACAUCAAUGGUGAUGACAUGACAGUAUCUGAUGAAGAUGAUGGUGAUACUGUCACGGCAACUGCCCCAUCUAUCCACUUUACUAGAAUGUAUGAUCUCUCUGAAGGCUUUACUGAUGCGUGGAUGAGUGGAUCAGGUGAGAAAAGGUUUACCCCUCGAUGGGGAGUUUGAGGUCGGUCAACAGUUUGACAACAAAGAACAAGUCAUCAAUAUGGUGAGCUUGUAUUCUAUCAAACGAAACCAAUUUUAUCGGGUGAUAGAGUCUGAUAAACACGAAUGGGUGACACAAUGCAAAAGGAAGAAAGAAUGUGAUUGCCCCUGGAGAAUACGUGCCACAAAGAACAAAGGCAACCUGGAUAAGUGCCGCGAGCACCUGCGGGGUUUGUCGCAUUUGCACGUCGACGACAGGGUACUAGCAUAUGUUCGUGCUGCGGGUUUUUAUAUUCUGCACAGAUUAGUGGCUACUGUGCCUCUAGAUAAAGCGCUUCUCACUGCUCUACUUGAGCGUUGGAGGCCGGAGACACACUCAUUUCACCUCCCUGUUGGUGAGGUGACAGUGACAUUGGGAGAUGUUGUUGUACUUACUAGGUUAGAGGUUGAUGGGAGAGCUGUUAUAGGCACUGCUUGUCGACAGUGGGUAGAUGAGUGUGAGCGGUUGUUAGGUAUCUGCCCCGUUCUUAGGACUGACCUUCAGGGGUCAUCUCUGAGGAUGCCAUGGUUGAGGGAGCACUUCCAGGUGCUUCCUCCGGACGCUGAUGAGGUGAUGAUUCAGCAGCACGCCCGGGCAUAUAUCUUGAUGCUGAUGGGAGCUUCCAUUUUCGCUAACAAGAGCGGAAAUGAGAUUUAGGUGUUUCACUUGCCUAUGCUAGAGAGGUUUGAUGUAGCAGCACAGUUCAGCUAGGUAGUGCCACACUCGCUUAUCUGUACAGACAGCUGUGUCGUGGCUGCCAGAGAGGGAGCACAGAGCUUGGGGGAUUUUUGCUACUCCUCCAGAUUUGGUCAUGGGAGUAUAUCCACAUUGAGCAUCUCAUUGUAGUCGCAUAUCAUGGCAUUGAUGGACACCCACUGUCUGGUGAGCCUACAGGUGUUCUAGGACCGCAUCACGUACGGGGCGAGGACCCUCUAGGCCGUCGAUGGCUACUAGGCUCGGUGUGUACAAGGAUGCAUUUGAUCGGAUGCCUGAGGAUCAGAUUACAUGGAUGCCGUAUACACCUGAGAUGUUUGCAGAGUUGCCCCCAGCUGGACGAGAGCAUAGUCACAUAUGGCGAGCACGUGUGCCGUUGAUAUGUUUUGACAUUAUUGAGCUUCAUUUGCCUGAUAGAGUCUUGCGAUAGUUUGGGUUUGAGCAGGUCAUUCCACGGCCUAUCGACACUUAUGUUGAGUUGCAUAGGCUGGAUAGGCAUGGGAAGCAUACAGAGGAUUAGGCACUCAGACAUGUCCGAUACGUCACUAUGUGGGAAAGGCGAGCUGAGCUAGUUGUGGCUGGGACACCGACAUUUGUCCCAUCUGUUUCAGGAGACUAAAUGGGAUGAUAUUACAACAUCACUCGUUUGUUUAUGUCUCCUUCGUUCAGACUCCCUACUCAUCAUUAUCAGCCUAGCUCCUUGGCUUUGCAUCUUACAACACGAGCUUUGCAGCGCAUACAUUAGCGGGCUACUGCCACUGUGACUGAUACUCAUGAUGUGGACAUGUAUGGACAGGCUCUGACAGACAUUGCCUCCUUGUGUUCAGAUGUGUUGGGGCAAGUCGACUAUAGGCCUCUUAUACACAUGCCCCCAUCUCAGGAGAUGCCAUCCAUGUCUAGUGUAGCGGCGGCUUCAUCAUCCGAGACAGCAUGAGAGAGUGGUUCUUCAACCACGACAACAGCGUAGGCGUAGACAUGAGCAGCAACAUCUCCAAGACCAAGCUGACGAUGAGAAUUUGCAGUUUGUCUUUUGUAUUGCAGUUUUUCUUAUACAGUAGAUGUUGUAGGAACAAUUUACAACAUUUUACGUAUUUUCUCUUGUAAACUCUUGUAUGUUGUCUUGAUGUGUUCGAGUAUGAAUAUUAGAUGAUUACUUGUUAUGAAUAUUGGAUGAUUGUACUGUAUUAUACCGGCUAUGAAUGUAAGGUUUUGUAUUUG